AUCAACCCUUGUUCUGAUCAGCUGGAACAACAACAACAAUAACACAGUCGAUUUGGCGCUCAGAUUAUAAUUUUUAUGGAUGGACUUCAGUCAAGGUGAUCAGCAAGAGGAUCCAUAUAAUUCGUUUAUCGGAUAUGUUGAUUUUUUUGGGAAUAUUUGCCAUUAUUUCGGUUUUGUUGGAUUGAUUCCAGGGUAUGCUAACCAAAACGAGAAGGUGAAGAACUGAGUUGGCUAGUAACAUUACUGUAGGUAGCUAGCAUUCCAACGUGCCCUAAUUGUCAUUUGAAAGGAUGCAUAAUACAUCCAGUUAUUCUUCCAAGGUAGCUGAAAUAAAAGUUAAUGUUAGUGCAAUAUUGCGUUAGGAAGAGUAAACGCUAUUUAGGUUGCUGAUUUGUUUAUAGUUAAUAUGUUGCUGGUAAAUUUCGUCUGAAACUGAGUUGGCUUGUGUCUUCUGUCCCAUCCUAACCCUAAAGCGAACACAACCCCUUUACAAUACCAGCUAGGUAGCUAACUACAGUAGCUAAGUUUUUCUAGGUCGUUGGAUGCAGUAUUCAAGGAACUCUGCUCGCUAGCGACACAGUAAGCAAAUUAUUAGCUUUACAAACUGUACCGAACGAAAGUUAUUUUGAUGUCAACCAACGUUAGCUAACUAAUUAGCAAUUGACAAAGGGAAAAUAGUUGCUAGAUGUGGCCAGGCCUCACCGCACACUCAUUGUAAAGAUGAAAACAAUAGAUUGCAUAGAAAAGCUAGCAGCCAGUUAGCACGCUAGCUAACAUUCGUGCAUGUUUAUUUCACUUUUGUAAGCUAUAGAAACAUUAUUCAAUACAACAAUUUAUCUUGUAUAGUUACGGACUGUAACUACUGUCUGCUAGACUGCAGCUGUCAGAAAGCGCAACAACUGUCUCUAACGUUAUUUUAUAACUGGAUAAUUGUUAAUUGUUAGGAAGCACCACCAUACAUUACCAUGCAUUUUUGAUUUUGUUCGUUUUAGUUGUUGAAGCUUUAUUGUCAGUAAGCUAAUGUUAAUAUUAUACAUGCUUAAUCUCAUUAUUUGUAGGUCAACUCUUCUAAUACGUUUGCACUAUUAUUCACAUACAUUAGAGAUGACUUGUGUCAGAAGGUGCUGAUAGUAGCAUAUCAAGCCAUUGGACUUGAAUUCUGCCCCAAAACACAAUUUAGGGAACUAGAGCACCCCAGUUGUGUGUGCAAUGUCAGAGGCACUAGUAUCAGGUCAGACUUCGGAGGAUCUUUUGGCAGACUUUGAGUCUCUUUUGAAUGCUGGGAGUAUUGACCUAGCCAAGGACCACAGGAUAGUCAUCAUUUCCACCCCCAGCAAUGUGGGCUUAAACUCAGCUGUCCCCAGCAACACUGGAGAGAUCCUCCUGUUCGCUACCCCCCAAGGCCCUGAGGAUGUGGUCCAGGACCAGCGACUGCCAACUCUGGGACGACCUCCGGUGAAGAGGAAGCUGGACUUGGACAGUGAUCACCAGUAUGUGAGCACCUCUCGCCCACCUUCUCUUGGGAGGGCCCCAACGUCCACACCAGCACCACCCAGAGUUCCAAAGCCUUCGACAGAGAAGUCUCGCUAUGAUACAUCUUUGAACCUGACCACCAAGCGCUUCUUGGACCUGCUAGCCCAGUCUCCUGACGGGGUGGUGGACCUCAACUGGGCCUCGCAGGUCCUGGAAGUGCAGAAGAGACGCAUCUAUGACAUCACCAAUGUCCUGGAGGGUAUCCAGCUCAUCUCUAAGAAAUCAAAGAACAACAUACAAUGGCUGGGGAACCGCAUUGAUGGAGCAUCUGUUUCCCGUUACCAGGACCUACAGAAAGAGGUCUCUGACUUGACACAGGCGGAGGAGAAACUGGAUGAGCUCAUUACCAAGUGUAACCUCCAGCUCAGACUCCUCACUGAGGAUACCCAGAACAAGAAGCUGGGUUAUUUGAUGUGCCAGGAUCUACGGAAGUCUUUUGACUCUCCUGACCAGCUGGUGAUGGUUAUCAGAGCCCCUCCAGAGACCCAGAUGCAAGUCUCAGAGCCCAGUGAGGGGUAUCAGGUCUCCCUGAAGAGCACUCAGGGUCCCAUCGAUGUCUUCCUGUGUCCAGAGGACAUUUCUGGUGUCUGCAGCCCAGUGACAGGCAUCAGCCCUUCUAAAGCCACAGAUCAGAUAAUGCCCCAGCCUGCAGAACAACCACCGUGCAGCUCCACACAGGAAACGACAUCGUCAACAGCUGUGUCCCAACAGAACUCCUCUCCACUGCCAUUGUUUCGUGAAGCAGGAGCAGUCCUGGAAUGUGACCCGUUCCCCAACCUGGGAGUGCUGCCGGAAUUUGACCUUUCACCCCUGUCGUCCUCUGACUUCCUCAGUGGGGAGUGCCUUGGUAACCCACUGGACGGGUUCAUCAACCUGUCCCCUCCACAAAGCCACGACUACCACUUUGGCCUAGACGAGCACGAGGGCAUCACUGAACUGUUUGACUCUGACUUUGGAAACUUCACCCCACUAGAGUUCUGAGGAUGGGGUGGAGAGAAACACCCACAGAAGGAGAAUGAGGUUGUAUCUCUAUCGAAACACCCAAUACCCUCUCUGAAGAAAGAAGUAUACCCAUGUGGCUAUAAUACAGAAUUGUACAGCACAAACAGUAAUGGCACUUAAGUCGUCUAGCAAAAGAGUUUAGCUUUAGAUGGCUAUUUAAUUUAUUUCUAUACAGAUAAUGUUUUUGUACCAAGAAUGUUUUUUUUUAUUUUUUAAAGUGGUUUUUGCAGGUGUACUUGUGGGAUAUGGACUUGUGAUUAUCAGCUUGAAUAUUAGCAUGUAAGCUAAUGCUGAAUAUGUUAUAUUAGGUAGGCAUUUUUGCCAUAGUCUCAGGUGUAAGGAAGAGUCAGACUUUUCCAGUAAGAGUUGGGUUUCAGAUGCAUUUUAAGAAGUCAUACAGUAUGUUGGCCAAUGGUAAUGGCAGGAUAUAGCCUAAGUAGGUUAAGAGACCUAACUGUUUUAUAGAUGAAGUUUGGGAUGGGGGCAGUUGGGAUGUCAUGCCUUAAAGGAAAGAUUCACCAUUUUGAAUGUUCUAUCGUUUUUGUGCAUCUCUGAGCGAUGUUCUAUUGAUUCCCGGGGUCCUUUCAUGUUUUCAUGUGUAUCUGAGCUAUUGCCGUUAAAGCUUGAGAUGCACAAAAACGAAAGAACAUUCAAAAUGGGUGAACCUUUCCUUUUAAUAUUGAUGAGAUCCGUUUGGUAAUCUAAUUACCAAUAAGAGAAUCUUAUCCCUUUUAAAACCUGUCCAUAUUGGUCUACAGUUUGAAUAUAUUGUUUUACCAGGCUAUACAUUUGGUUGAUUGUCAGUCAUACAGUAUCAGUUUGUCCUUAUCAUGAACCUCAUCACAACUCCUUUUCUGCAGGACUUAUGCAGUGCCUUAUAAAAAAAAAAGUCUGGUGGAUGGAUUCAAUUCAGGUGUUAUGCUGUGUCUAUAAUUUAGUUGUUUGUAUGCAAGUGUUAGAUUUGCAUUUCUUAACAGCAAGUUGUUGAUUACUACUAUUUGGGGGCCAUCAGGCUACUAUACUUGAGAAUUCAGCCACUGUGUUAACAGCGCUUAAGGGAAACUAACUCUGCAGUCAAUUUCACUUUGUUCAGCGCUUUGUUUUAUAACAAUAUUACAAAAUGAACUUUUUUCCCACAAAUUCACUGGUGAAAAUAAUUACUUGUACCAAUCCACCGAGUGGUUUAUCAGCAUGUCCUUUGUAUCAAGUUAGUUUUUUGAAGAAUAAAAACAUCUGAAGUUGCCACAUUGGGCAGGUGAUUAAAAAAUAAAGUUAAAAAACAAA